AUGGACAAGGUUUUGCCACAUGGAACUCAAGUCUUAAAGACUCGAGUUCCAAAGAAGAACACGAACAAAGAUGGCGAUGAAGAUGAAGAACCAGAAAUGGGAAGAAGAAGUAGAACAGGGGAACUAGAAAUGGGAAGAAGAUGCAAAAUAGGGGAAGAAGAAGCAAAAGUACUGAUCAGCCCGAAAAAAAAAAAGAAGAAGAAAGAAAUAUCUCACGCGGUGUUACAAACGGCGCAAAUUAUGCCGAUAAAGACCUUAUCAUCAUCGUCGUCAUCAUCGAAGGUGGUUGCUGGUGGUCCCUAUUUGCCGCCGGUAGCCGGAAAGAAACUUGCUCGCAGUAGGAGAGGAGUUCUGGUACUCAAAGCCUUUUCUUCUUCUUCUUCCUCGUCGUCGGCAGUGGUGGAAGGAGACUUCUCCUCCUCCUCCUCCGUGAGUUUAUUGGAGCGUUGCUUGGUAGCGCCACCGGCACUUUCCGAUAUAGCUGUUUCUUCUUCUUCUUCUUCUUCUUCUAUGCUGAGUCCGGUUAUGAAAGGGCAGUACGGUGCGUUUGGUGCGGUUACCUUGGAGAAAGGCAAGCUCGAUAUGUCUCAGAAGCAAUCCCAGUCUAGCCCCGAGACUGCAAUCGGGGGAGGUGGUGGAGAUAUUGGAAAGAAAAUAAAUCAUGGUGGUGGUGAUGGUGGUGAUGAUGAUGGUGAUGACGACGAUUACUUUGAUGACUUUGAUGAUGGUGAUGACGACGAUUACUUUGAUGACUUUGAUGAUGGUGAUGAAGGGGAUGAGGGAGGCCUAUUUAGGAGACGUAAAUUUCUUGAGGAGCUUUUUGAUCUUAAAUUCGUAGAUGCGGUGUUAAACGAGUGGCAGAAGACAAUGAUGGAUUUGCCUGCUGGAUUCCGACAAGCUUAUGAAAUGGGUCUGGUUAGCUCUGCUCAAAUGGUAAAAUUCCUAGCAAUCAAUGCCCGGCCGACUACUACUAGAUUUAUCUCCCGAGCACUUCCUGAAGGAAUGUCGAGGGCAUUUAUUGGCAGGAUGAUUGCAGAUCCUGCCUUCUUAUAUAAGCUUCUUUUGGAGCAAGCUGCUACAAUUGGCUGUUCAGUUUGGUGGGAGUUGAAGAACCGUAAGGAUAGGAUAAAGCAAGAGUGGGAUUUGGCACUAAUUAAUGUCCUUACCAUAGCAGCCUGCAAUGCUGUUGUUGUUUGGUCUCUUGCUCCUUGUCGUUCAUAUGGUAACACAUUCCAAUUCGACUUGCAAAAUACAUUACAAAUUCCAAACAAUAUAUUUGAAAAGAGUUACCCACUUCGGGAAUUUGACUUGCAGAAGAGAAUCCAUUCAUUCUUCUACAAGGCUGCAGAGUUGUGUAUGGUUGGGUUAAGUGCUGGAGCAGUACAGGGUGCAGUAUCAAACUUUUUGGCCAGUAAAGAGGGAAGGUUAUCUGUGACAAUUCCAACUGUGAGUACCAAUGCACUUGGUUAUGGUGCAUUCCUCGGUCUCUAUGCAAACCUCAGAUAUCAGUUGUUAAGUGGAUUUGAUAGAGCAAUGAUCAGCCACUUUGAUGUUAUUGGAGUGGCAUUGUUUUUUAGCACAGCUUUGAGGAUUUUGAAUGUUCAAUUAGGAGAGAGAUCAAGGCUGGCAUGGUUAGGCGUAGAGGCAGAUCCACUGGUUCAAUCAGAUAGUCUCUUGAAGGUUUACAGCAGACCUUCUGAGGAUGUUAAUAGGCCAUCUUCAAAAUGGUUUAUAUCAAAGAAUGCCAUUGUUUCUGGGCUUGGGCUCCUUGGCAUCAAACAGGGGACUGUUGACUCUGUUGCUGAUGGGGAACCAGCAGCUCCCAAGGCACGGAGAAAGAGGAUUGUCCGGAAGAAGGUGACUACAAGUUGAGCAUAGUUCUGUUGAUCUAGUCACUAUCACUGUCCAAUUUUGCCAUAUGACGAAGACAUUGAGAGCUUGCUCACCAAAAUUUAGAGAAAGAGCGGAUGGGAAGUAUCCAUAAUGAUUCAUGGCUGCUUCUGGAGUGGGGCAGUUGAGAGAAAAUUUAAUGACUAGUACAAGAAUAAUAUUUUUGGGGAGGAUUUUUUUUUUUUUUUUUUUCCCCCCCUUUAAAGUACUUGCACUUAAUCUAAAUUGACAUGUAUAACAAUGCUGUAUUCAGAAUUGAUUGUUCUUGAAAUUUUUUUAUAGAUUGAAGGUUUAGUUACGAUAUUA